GGGCAAAGACAUCACCCCGCCAGAGGCAAAGCUCAGGGCUCCUGUGACAGCACGUCUUCACCAUGAGUGGGUGCCCAUGUUUAGGAAGCAGCUUUGGAUAUGCUUUUAAAAACCUCUCUGUACAAGGCAGUGAAGAAGACAAAUCACAAAUGGGUGUGAAUAGAGCCAGUAAAGGGGGACUUAUCUAUGGGAACUACCUGCAAUUGGAAAAAGUUUUGAAUGCGCAGGAACUUCAAAGUGAAAUAAAAGGAAAUAAAAUCCAUGAUGAGCAUCUUUUCAUCAUAACUCAUCAAGCUUAUGAACUCUGGUUUAAGCAGAUCCUCUGGGAACUGGAUUCUGUUCGCGAGAUCUUUCAGCAUGGCCACGUCAGGGAUGAGAGGAACAUGCUGAAGGUGGUGACCCGAAUGCACCGAGUGGGGGUGAUACUCAAGCUCUUGGUCCAGCAGUUUUCCGUCCUGGAGACCAUGACAGCCUUGGACUUCAACGACUUCAGAGAGUACUUAUCCCCGGCAUCAGGCUUCCAGAGUCUGCAGUUCCGACUGUUAGAAAACAAGCUAGGGGUUCUUCAGAGCUUGAGGGUCCCUUACAACAGAAGACACUACCGUGAUAACUUCAGGGGAGAAGACAACGAGCUACUACUGAAGUCCGAGCAGGAAAGGACCCUCCUGCAGCUGGUGGAGGCAUGGCUGGAAAGAACCCCAGGUUUAGAGCCACAUGGAUUUAACUUCUGGAGAAAGUUUGAAAACAACAUUGUCAAAGGCCUGGAAGAAGAAUUCACAAGAAUUCAGGCCAAGGAAGAGUCAGAGGAAAAGGAGGAACAAAAGGCUGAAUUUCAGAAGCAGAAAGAGGUGUUACUAUCCUUAUUUGAUGAGAAACGCCAUGAGCAUCUCCUUAGUAAAGGAGAGAGACGGCUAUCAUACAAAGCGCUUCAAGGGGCCUUGAUGAUAUACUUUUACAGGGAAGAGCCCAGGUUCCAGGUCCCUUUCCAGCUGCUGACCUCCCUCAUGGACAUGGACUCGCUCAUGACCAAGUGGAGAUACAACCAUGUGUGCGUGGUGCACAGGAUGCUGGGCAGCAAGGCGGGCACCGGCGGGUCCUCGGGGUACCAGUACCUGCGCUCCACAGUGAGCGACAGGUACAAGGUGUUUGUAGACUUAUUUAAUCUCUCAACGUAUCUGGUUCCCCGACACUGGAUACCGAAGAUGAACCCAGUUGUCCAUAAGUUCCUUUAUACAGCUGAAUAUUGUGACAGCUCUUACUUCAGCAGUGAUGAAUCAGAUUGAAAUCAUCUGCAAAAAUUUAUGAAGAACACUGAUUUCUCAGUCUGUGGUCUUUAUUGUCUAUGAAUUUUCAUGACUAUGCAGACUCCUAAUGUAAUAUAUGUUUAUACAUAUAUAUAGCAUAUAUAGAACUGUAGCACUGAUUCAACCUAAAAAUAAUUUUAUUACUGCAUGUUUGUGAUGAUAUCAGACUCAACAGUAAGAAAUUCAGUUACAUUGUAACAUUGUACCUAGUGUUUUCCUAUUAGAGACAAUGUCCCUGUGUUUACCUUAAUGUAACCAUUUAAUGUAAUAAUUUUCUCAGCUUCAUACCUUAUAAGCUUGUAAACUUCAGCUAUUUCAAAUAUUUUAUGCAAUAAAAUGUGUCAUUCUGUACAAA